UCAGCUCUCUGGGCUCCAGGCGUCCUGCCUCCUAGCCCCUCACCCCUGCUCUAACCACUAGACCCCACUCCCCUGCCCGAGCCACAGAGCCAGCCCAGGUGUCCUGGUUCCUUUGUUUCAUGCUGGUCUCCGCUCCCACCCCCCAUUCCCCAUCCUCCUGGCCUGGCGUGGCAAGCCCCCAUGGUUUGCCAUGAGCCCCUAGGGCAUAUGCAGGGGGGGUGGGCAGACCAGGAAAGGGUGAGUCACAUCCGGGGGCAGCUGGGUGAAUUAAUCUUUAAGCGCUGAUAAAAGUCCAAGAGGAAACAAAUGGGUGAGGCAGCGUCAGUCGGAGACGGAGCCAUUCGGGGAAACCGAAUAGGAGCAGACGGGAGCGGCCGCCCCUGGCGCCCGGACCCGAAACCCACCUCAGCAAGGCUGGGAUCUCCUUCCCUCAUCACUGCUGGGAGCCAUGACUGCCCCGGACUCCUGGGUCCCCUUCCGGCUGGUCCUUCAGCUCAGCCUCUACCUGCUGGCCAUCAUGAUCCUCUCCACCUUCCUCCACCUAAGCAGCCGGUUCCCCUCCGCAUGGCAGAGGCUCCCCUCCCCGAACAUAAUGAAGGGGUCCCCAGCUACGUCCCCCACCACAACGCCCCCAACAGAGCGGGGCAUGUGGACUGUGAACUCCGCCGGGCGCCUGGGGAACCAGAUGGGGGAAUACGCCACCCUCUACGCCCUGGCCAAGAUGAAUGGGCACCAGGCCUACAUCCUCCCGGAGAUGCACCAGCAGCUGGCGCCGCUCUUCCGCAUCACCCUGCCCGUGGUCUCCAGCGACGUGGUCCAGAGCAUCCCGUGGAGGAACUACGAGCUCCAUGACUGGAUGUCGGAGGAGUACAGGCACAUCGAGGGGAAAUACGUCCGGCUGACGGGCUACCCCUGCUCCUGGACUUUCUACCACCACCUCCGGCAGGAGAUCCUCCAGGAAUUCUCCUUCCACAACCACGUCAAGGAGGAGGCCAACCGGUACCUGGCCGGGCUGCGCGGGCAGCGCCGGAACGUGACCUACGUGGGCGUCCACAUCCGGAGGGGGGAUUACGUCCAGGUGAUGGCUGAGCACUGGAAGGGGGUGGUGGCGGACAGGGCCUACCUGGAGAAGGCCAUGGGCUACUUCCGGGCCAAGUACCAGGGGAUCUACAUCCUGGACCGACGGUUCCGGGCGCUGGAUGAUUCAUGCACCCAGCUGACGUCCUUCCUAUACAGUUUCUGUCAGCAGAGCCGGCGCCAGCGUAUCAUCCAGCGCAACCGGACCGAGCGCCUCUCCGACCUGCUGGACUGGAAGUACCUGGGCCGGUAUUACAUGUCUGCCCGACACAUGGCGCUCGCCAAGGCCUUUCCCGACAACUUCACCUACGAGCCCCCGGAGGAGACAGCGGCCCAAGGAUUCCGCUACCCCCGCCCGGCCUCCGUGCCCCCUUCGCCCUCCAUCUCCCGCCACUCCAGCCCCCACCACAGCGAGACGGAGGAAGACGAUGAGCGGUACGAUGAGGAGGAGGAGGCGGAGAAGGAUCGGCGCAACAUCAAGCCCCCGGCCAUGACGGGCCCUGUCCCCGAGUGGCGCAAGCCGUCCAAGAAGGGCUCCAGUGAGGCCAGCACCUCCUCCAAUGCCUCCAACGCCUCCACCCCCACCAUGCCCUCCAGCCCCAGCGACCCCAGCAGCCCCAACAACUCUAUCAUCGAGGAGAGGAACUAGGGCAGGGGGUUCUAGACUGGUCUAGAACUAGGGAGUGCCCCCACCCCAGGCACAACGGUUAUAAGCAACCCCCUUGCCGUCCCUGUCCUCUGCUUCUGGCUCGCCCUCUCAGGAGCCCACUCUUCCCUUUUUUUGCUGGGUUCUAGAUUGCUCAUGCUAGGUUCUAGAUCAUUCAAAACCGGGUUCCCCCCAUGAGAUGGGUAUAAGCAUCCCCUUCUCACCGAGUGUCCUCUAGAAACCCUCCUCCCCUUUGGUGGUGAGGGUUGCUGGGUUCUAGAUCAUUCAAAACCAGGGGUGAUCCCUCCACGUGAGAUAAACAUCUCCCUCCUGCCUCCCGUCCUUUGCUUCUGGCUCUCCCUUGUGAUGGGUUUGUUCCGUGUUCUAGAUCAGUGGCAUGGGUGUUCUAGAGUCCAGUCUCCAAGGUGCUCCAGGACCCUAUGCACUAUAGGCUCUGGCCUGCCCCUCCAAACUGUCUAGAACAACCUCCCUGUUGUCUGCAGCACUCUGGAUUGUACUAGUGUUUGCAGCUGCCAAUGUUCAGGAGAGAUGGGGGGCUCUCAAAUGGUUUGGGUUAGGAGCAAGGUCAGGUGUGGUCUAGAGAGAGGCCUGGUCUGGAACAGGGCCUGGCUUCAAUGUGUGGGGUUGGUCUGGAUCCUUCUAUAAGACUUCUCACUCAAGGAUGCAGGGCAGCCCUGGAUUAUCAUGUUUGGGGAUCUAGAUUGUUCUAGAAUCCUGUGUAUUAAAAUGGGGGUUGAGGAUGUAGGGUACCUGUAUUGGAUUCUGGAAUGCAGCAUUGGGUGAUAUUGGGGGUUCUGGACCAGUCUAGAAUGGGACCUGCUAUAGGGUUUUGAUUGGAUUGUUCUGGAGUGAUGUGACAUAGCAGGGUGCUGGAGCUGUUUAGAAGGAGGGGCAGUCUAGAAUGACCCUGCUACCGAGUCUGGAGCGUUCUGGAUCCCUCUAGAACUCAGUGCAAUGAAGGGGUUGGGGCCAUAUGUAGAAGUCCACAUUGUCAUGGUCUAGACCAGUCCAGAACAUUGCACGGUCAAGAGAUGUUGAAGGGUGUUGGGUGUUCUGGAGGGGACAUCUCUGGGAAGGGGGAAGCACUGGCGGGCACUGUGAACAAAGGGAGAUGAGUCGGUUCCUGACUUCUGGAAUGCAGCUCCACCUAGAUCAUUCUA